CCCAUCUUCAUAUAUCUUGGUAUCUUGUGGUCGUUCGGUCUUCUUACAACUCGCACCUCUCCUCGCAUCUAGACUAUGGGUCGUAGUACGAGAGCAAGAAAGGAACCCAUCACUCGCACCGGUCAGCCUCGCAUCGGGAAGAGCUCGACCGCAACCCAAGCGACCAUAUCCCGCUUUCAUACGCUUCUCAAACGUCAAGCCCAACUCAAGUCCAAGCUCCAGUCUGCAUGUUCUUCCAAAUCCGUGCAAGAACUGGCCGAGGUGGAGAGGGAGAUGGAGGAUCUUGGUGGACUGGCAGCGUAUCAAGAGGCAAGCAUUCUGGGCCAGGAUGAGACCCGCGGAGGUGAUACCAGCAAAGUGCUAGUAACAUGGCUCAAAGAGCUCAACAUCCGGCCCGCUAAAGAGGGCUCCAAGCUCAGAAUGCUCGAGAUUGGUGCCUUGUCUCCUCGGAAUUACGCUGCCAUGCAGCCCUUCAUUCACAACGAACCUAUCGACUUGAACUCUCAGCACCCUGAUAUCGUCCAGCAAGACUUUCUGCAACGCCCACUCCCUCUGGAUGAAACGGAUCGCUACGAUAUCGUCAGCUGCAGUUUGGUCCUGAAUUUCGUGCCGGAUCCGCAUGACCGAGGGAAGAUGUUGCGUCUUAUACACGGCCAACUCGAGGAUUACGGACACGUUUUUCUGGUACUGCCACGCCCUUGCAUCGAAAACUCGCGGUAUCUCGACAACGAGCUGUUGACACGAAUCAUGCGGCACGUCGGUUUCAAAGAGGUCAUCCGAAAAGACAAGGAAGGCGCCAAGGUGGUCUACAGCCUCUGGCAAAAGCAGAAGCCUGUACGAGUUUCCGCCGCCGCAGAGCUAGCGACCAAGCGGGUCUUGCGGACAGGCGGCAAGCGCAACAACUUUUGCGUUUUGCUCAAGUGA